AUGGCUGAAAAAGUAUCCGUUGAAAAUGUUGAUAAUUUUCCAUCAACAAACUGUAAAUCAAUUGUUCAAGAAGAAUUCACACUUAACUUAAACAAAUUAAAAGAGAAACCUCGAAAGAUUGUUCAAAUAGAACAUGAACCAGUUGAUAUGGCUAAUAAUGGACGAUAUCUGAUAUGCUUUCCUGAAGGUAAAUUAACUUUAAUUGAUGUUCAAGGAAAAGAAUUGUUAACUAUCGAUCGAGAUUUUGCUCCACGUGACGUUUGUUGGUCAUCCCAUUUGAAUCAAUUUCUCAUUUUUACCUUUCGAAUUCUUUAUUCAUUGGAAAAGCAAAGACUCGUUGAAAUCAUGAAAUUCAAUGAAGAUGUUUCGUAUGGAACAUGUUUUGAUCAGACAUUGGCUGUUUGUAUCAAUGGUCAAGUAAUUGAAAUAUAUUCAAUAGAACAACCGAAUGGAAAAUUACUCGAAAGAUUUGAUUCACCAUUAACUUGUGACCCAGUUGCUAUUAAAGGUAAACAAAAUCAAGUACAACUACGAAAUCCAACUGAUUUGAAAGUAUUGCAUAGAUUAAACCUUGAUUUGGGUUUCUAUUGUAUUCAACCUUUGCCAAAUAAUGAAUAUUUAUUACAUUCAUUUCUUGGAGAAGAAUUAUUUUUAAUGACUUCACAUGCAAAAAUUAAACAAACAAUCAAAUUUGACAGACGUUUUCAAUCAAUAUCAUUAUUCGUCAAAGAAAAAUGUCUCGUUGUUCAAGCUUUACAUUUACCUAGUUUUACUUCUGAAAUGCGUUUUUAUCAUUUAUAA